AUGGACCUGAAUAACCUCAAGAUUAUGGCAAAUCGUGCCGGCAAUACGCUGUACUUUGCUGGUGCAGCGGCUGCAGAGAUUGGUAAGGAAAAAGGAACGCAAGCAUUGGCAGUUGCAUCAGGAGCGGCAGCAGUCGGAUGUGAAAAGAUGAAGAGCUCGACGACGUUUCAGAGUGCGACAGUAGCGGCCACUGCGGGUCGUGAAAAGGUUAAGACAUUACAGGCUUUUCAAGUGGCCUCGUCAGCUGCCGUUGUUGGCAAGGAGAAAGCAUCGACGGCUGCGUCUACCGCAGUAACCGUUGCUACUGCAGGUCGUCUAAAGGCUGUCAGUGCGCUGGUUUUGGCUAAAAAUCGCAUUACAGGAGUAAAGACUGGUGAUUCUCCUAGCUCACCAAAUCCUGGCAAUUUGCCGUCAGCUGAGAAGGAGUUUUACAAGUAUGAAAUGUCGGAAGAGGAGAAGAAGAAGAAGCGCGCACAAGCUCGUCGGCGCGCCGAAAAGAACAAGCAGCCGGUGGCGAGUUCGAGUUCCAGCUCAAACAAGCAGCGAGAUGGCAGCUCCAAACCUGCUGCCGGAUCAAGCUCCAGGUCUGGCACAAGUGCCGGAUCAAACUCUAGGUCUGGCACAAGUGCCGGAUCAAACAGCAAAACUAGCAGUAGUAGCGCCAAUAGAUCGGGCGGUAGCAGCAGACGACCUGGUGCUAGCAGACGCACCAAAGGAUAG